CGCACUAUCUUUUUCCCUCCCCUCCCUUUUUCCAGCGCAACGAAGAAAGAGCACCGAAGAAGAAGAAGAAGAAGAAGAACAAUGGAAUUGUUUAGUCGGCGGGAUCCGCGUCUUCUUGAUGACUACACCUUCCUCCUCUCACCUGCCUGAUCCCCUUCCUUUCAUUCCCUUUUUACUCCCAAUAGAUUUCGUGCGUUUCUUCUCCAGUAUCCUCUCACAAACCAAUUUCAGAUUUUUCCCACCACCAUUUUCUUGAAAUUCUGAAAGCUGUUUUCCAGGUCUUCCUUGGAUUCUCAGAUAUUCCCGCGGAUAAAAAAGAUCUGGGUCUUCUUGAUUUCCGGUUCGCAUUGGGGUUUGAAGAUUGAAUUGUGGGGUGAAAUUUUGCGUUUUUUUUUCUCUCCGGGAGAAAAAGGUGAGAAUUUGACUUAACCAUGUUACCUAAAGAUCAGCAUCAGUCGACCCCAUUGUCUGUGUUGUUGAAGCGUGAAUUAGCAUCUGAGAAGAUCGAAAAGCCUGAAAUUUUUCAUGGUCAAGCCAGCCAGAGCAGGAAAGGAGAAGACUUUACCCUUCUCAAGACUGAAUGCGAAAGGGUUCUUGGAGAUGGGGUUACCACCUAUUCCGUUUUUGGGUUAUUUGAUGGACAUAAUGGGUCAGCAGCUGCUAUAUACUCCAAAGAAAAUCUAUUCAAUAACAUUUUGAGAGCAAUCCCAUCAAACCUCAACAGAGAUGAAUGGGUUUCUGCGUUGCCAAGGGCUUUGGUUUCUGGGUUCGUGAAAACAGAUAAAGAUUUCCAAGAAAGAGGGCAAAUAUCAGGGACAACAGCCACCUUUGUUAUAAUUGAAGGAUGGGUUGUAACGGUUGCAUCCGUUGGUGAUUCUCGGUGUGUUCUUGAAUCAGCCGAAGGGGAGAUAUAUUAUCUUUCAGCAGAGCACAGACUUGAAUGCAACAUAGAGGAGAGAGAACGCAUUAUAGCAAGUGGAGGACAGGUUGGCCGGCUCAAUACCGGUGGUGGGACAGAGAUCGGUCCUUUGAGAUGUUGGCCUGGUGGGUUAUGCCUCUCAAGAUCCAUUGGAGAUACAGAUAUUGGUGAAUUCAUUGUUCCUGUCCCUUAUGUAAAACAAGUAAAGCUCUCUUCAGCGGGUGGGAGGCUUAUUAUAGCAAGUGACGGUGUCUGGGAUGCCUUAACCACUGAAACAGCUUUUGAAUGUUGUCGCGGGAUGCCACCAGAGACUGCUGCCUCACAAAUUGUUAAAGAAGCCAUAGAACCUAAAGGUCUACGAGACGACACGACCUGCAUUGUGAUUGAUAUACUACCCGUAGAGAAGCCGAGCCCACCAAUGGCACAGCCCAAAAAGAAUGGAAAAGGAGUGUUCAAGGUCAUGUUUGGCAAAAAGAAUCGCGAAUCGUCUUCAGAAGCAGAGAGAGAUUCUUUCCAAAUGGAUGUUGUUGAGGAACUGUUUGAGGAAGGGUCAGCUUUACUUGCAGAAAGGUUUGAUAUGAGAUAUCCGGUUUGUAAUAUGUUCAAGCUGUUCGUUUGUGCGGUGUGUCAAGCGGAGAUAAAACCCGGAGAGGGUAUUUCGGUAAAUGCAUCAGGAUCCGGAGAUUCAAGAAAGCGGAGGCCGUGGGAUGGUCCUUUCCUCUGCCUGAGCUGCCAAGAGAAGAGAGAGGCAAUGGAAGGGAGAUAAUGACCAAAUCUGCCCCCCCAAGGAAUGGAAGAGAUAGUGAACUUGGCUUUCAUUCUAACAUUCCAUGGCAGUUCUCUCCUCCAUUUUAAGCCCUCAUGCUUUUGGAGGACCAUGGCAAAUACUUACACUACAUAAUAGCUCCAAUAGAAACUUGAGACUUUA